AUGUCGGCGGGAAAGACAGACGAGUUCAUGGCCAUCACGGGCGCUGAUGACGCCGCUAUUGCCACCCAAUUCAUAGAAAUGGCUGACGGUAACUUGGACACUGCCAUAUCGUUGUUUUUUGAAAACGGUGGGGCUGCCUUGCUGAGCAGCAACAAUACCCCUGCCCCAUCUAAUUCCGCUUCAACCGCUACUGUUUCUGCAGACGCAGAUGCAGAUGCGCAAUUAGCUGAGAGAUUACAGAGGGAAGCUUAUCAACAGCAACAACAUGACGAAGAUUAUGUUAGGCCACCUGAUGAGGCAAGGCAUGAAGUACUCACUGAGAAUUCCGGGUUCCCAACUUCUUAUCGCGGCAUUGGGGGGCAGUUCGAGCCGUUGCAUAGAAUAAACGAUAUGUUUGACGAAACAAGACCGGAGAGCAUUUUCAAUCAACGAUUGGACGAUGCAAACACCACAACUUACAUCAAUGAUGACUCUUCAGAUUCUCUGGAAUUCUCUGAGGAGGAUAAUGACGAUGAAUACGAAUACGUGGAAGAGCCAGUUAUUGAACUUGACGAAGAUGGUAACAUCAAGGAAUAUACCAAAUUGGUGAGAAAGCCCAAAUUCAUAUCCAAGGAGCAAAAGCUGGCCUUGUUAUUCAAGCCUCCAUUUUCCAUCAUGUCCAAAUUAGAUUUAGACGCGGCAAAGCAAAAGGCAAGGGCAAAGCAAAAAUGGAUAAUGAUUAACAUCCAGGAUUCAGGAAUAUUUCAGUGCCAGGCCCUCAACAGAGAUCUGUGGUCGUCCAGGCCAGUCAGAACCAUAAUAAAAAAGAAUUUUAUUUUUUUGCAGUACCAGUAUGAAUCGCGCAGCGCUCAGCCCUAUCUACAAUUUUAUCACUUGAAUAAUAAAGAUGAUUUACCUCACAUUGCCAUCCUGGACCCAAUCACAGGUGAACGUGUUAAGCAAUGGAAUAGGGUUGUUCCUAUACCGGGACAAUUCAUUUCAGAGAUUAAUGAGUUCCUAGCUUCGUUUUCGUUAGAUCCUAAGGUUCCCAACCCGACAGUCAACGAACCUCCCCCUAAAUUGGAUCCAACGACCCUAACUGAAGAGCAGCAAAUGGAAUUGGCCAUUAAAGAGUCAUUAAAUACUAAUGCCAUUGAACCAACCCAAGGGGGGGUACCGAAGAUGGGCGAGGGGCAUGAAAAUGCACAAGAGAUGGAUCCCUUCGAUACUAUUGAAGUUAAAAUGCACCCCGAACCGCCAAACAAACCAGGACUAACCACAAGAAUUCAAAUACGUACUGGUGACGGCUCUAGACUAGUCCGCAGAUUCAACGCCCUGGAAGACACUGUGCGUACCAUUUAUGAAGUUGUCAAGACAGAAAUGGACGGUUUUGCAGAUGCGAAAUUCACUCUGAAUGAUCACCGAAGAGAGGAUCUGAUUGAUAAAUUGAACAUAACCAUAGGGGACGCCGGCCUAAAAAACAGUUCCCUCCUACUGGAAAAAGUAGACACCGAGUGA